CAAAAACAAGAAAGUGUUGUUUUAGGAUUUACCCGAUUUACCGGAUUCGCAGUUCCUUCACAGGUUUAAAAUAGUUUUAGUCCUCGAAUAAGUUUGCAAAAGAGUGUGCAAUGGCAGAAAUAAAUGCCACACAAAUCGCUCGAAGAAAGUACCUUUCGAUGGCGGUUUCGUCGGAAUUGCUGGAGCAUGAUUUCGAAAGUGCCGACAAGGAGUGCGUCGAGACGCUCACCGAAAUGAUGCAGAGCUUCAUAGUCGAGCUGGGUCAAUCGGCUCGGAAUUACUGUGAACUGGCCGGUCGAACCCAGCCGGUCAUCGGUGACGUCGUGAUCGGUCUCAUCAACAUGGGCAUUUCGAUCCGGGGCUUGGAGAGCUACGGCCGCCGGGAAGGACGUCACAUUUUGCCGCAGCCCCAGCAGGCUCAAUCGCAAAAGCAGCUAAGCAUCCUGCAGGCCGGCCAGAAGCAUAACCAUCCGUCGCACAUUCCGAACCAUCUGCCGGCCCUUCCGGAUCCUCAUGCGUACAUUCGAACGCCGACCUACAAACAACCAGUCACAGAAUAUGAAGCCAUCCGGGAGAAAGCUGCCACCCAGAAACGUGACAUCGAAAAAGCCCUGACAAAGUUCUUGGCCAAGACCAGCGAUGUUCACAGUUUGUUCGAUAACGAGGACAACCCAAUGUUUCCGUUGAUUGCGUGCAAACCUUCAUUCCCGCCCUACCUGCAAGCCCUUAAUCCGACGGAUCAGAUUUUCGACUUCGAAGAACUGGAGUACUACUAUCAGGUGGCCAACCGCAAGGAGGAUCCAUCGGAAACGAAAGACGGUGACGAUGACGACGACGAUGAAGAUGAGGGCGGUAAUGGUGGUGGCAAGAAAGAAGACGACAGCGAAUCGGCUUCCCCGGUGAAAGGGGAGGGAAGCAACGGCGGGAAUGGGGUCGAGGGGAAAAUGGGACCCCCGACGGUGACGGUGUCGACGGCAAGCGGAACGAUAACCACGGCGCAGAUCAAUUUGACCAACAACAGCCCGACGAUCGAUAAUCCCUAUCUGAGGGCGGCAACCAUUCCCAGGAAGGUGAAAACUGAGUCGGGAUCGAGCGCGUAUUAGGAAGUGGAGAAGAACUGCUUAGGAUUACAGUUAACGUAAAAGUUAAGUAAUUAUAACUAUUUCUGGAA